AUAAGGAUACGACGCUGGGCAUGGUAGAAGAUAAUAAUAACAAAAAUUAAGAAAAAUAAGGAUAAAAACCUAUUAUGAUAUGAUAUAUGUUGUAAAGCUAUAUAUAUUGCAAAAACCAGAAUACCUCGGUUAGAAUAAGAUGAAAAGAUAUAUUGUAUCCGUAACUUUUAUUGAAAAACAUUUGAAAAGUUGCUAUUGCUCAGGCUAACAGUAGCCACAAUCUACUAUUUCAAUGGAAAGCUGUUUAUUAAAGUACAUGCAAGAUUAAUUUCUUAAUAAAUUCUUCAUAAAUAUUGGUCAAUUAGUUUCUUAUUUCAAAUAAGAACGAGAAAUAGAAGGCAUCCAGAACUUUUAAAUAUCUUUAAUUAUUUAAUAAUAUUGAGUCUAAUAACAACCGAGAGGGAAAAAGACACCUUUCUUGUCUCUCUCCAUGCCUUUCCUCUUCUCUCUUUAUAACGUCGUUAGGCAGUUAGUAAUUAAUGGUAGGUCUGCAGGAUACACACAAUAUUUGCUUUCUUUUCCUUUUCGAUAUGUGGAUGAGGUGAAAGGGGAAAGGAACAACCUUGAUUAUAUUGAAAAAAUAGUAUGAAAUAAUUUUUUGACGGGUACUUUACAAUCGCGUCUAAUAUCUAAGUACUUAUAUUGGAAUACAGGUAUUAAUAUACUAAAAGCUUUUUGACUUGUUUGUUUUAUUAGUUUGACUGAAUUUGUUAAACAGACAACAGUAUCGACGUAUUCAUUGAACAUUUUAGUACAUAUACCUUUCAAAUAAAUAAUAUCCAUGUACGGUUAAAUAAAAAAUAAAACAACUUUCAGAAGGAAAAGACUAGGAACUGUGAUGUUUUUAUAGAGCAAUACGAAAUAAUAUCCGGUUAGAACAGAAGAGAAGAAUUCACCUGAUGGCGACCACACCAGUUCUCAUCUUUUUCGGCUUCGUAGCGUUAUUCUUUAUUCUACUGGUGAUCUUCUUUCUAUGUUUAAAUAAGAAACUCUGCUUUAAAAAUUGCGGAGGAUUUCCAUGCCUUGAAGAUAGAGCUGCUGAGAAGGAGAGUCUGUUAGAAGCCUCAUUUGGUGAAGAAGCUCGUGGCUCUAGUGGUGAUGAAUCUGACGAAGACGUCCGACAGCGGUUUAUAGAGCUUAAAAGAUCAUCGUCCGUAAGAGCAAGCGGUCAAUCCGUUUUGUGUAAGAAGAGUGCGAACGAUCAAACUAAGGAAGGACAAGACGAACCAGAUCAUCAUUCUAUCCCAAAGUCAAACGAUUCUUCAAAUAAAGACUCAUCAAUUCUGGCAAAGAAAGAUUCAGCAUCAACAAGAUCUUCUAAAGUAGAAUCAAAUGAGUAUGAUAAUUACGGUUACAGUACAGAAAAAGACGUAGAUAUUGAGUCGAAAGUAUCCAGCAACGAGGAGAAUAUGUCCAUUGAAGGAAUCGACCAUGAACUUGGACAAAGUGCUGAUGAAACUAUAGAAGACGAACAUGAACGUCAAAUUAUUUCUAGAUGUGGGCAAAUAAAUGCCACUUUCAUCUUUGAAGAAGAUAAGAAGAGAGUUUCCGUUACUAUUCAUAAUGCUCGAGAUAUUCCAACGAAAGAAAGGGGAGGAGCCAAUAAUACUCAAGUUCGCUUACUCCUCCUACCCGUUAAGAAGGGCAAAUGUAAAACAAAAAUUAAGGAAGGUGAAAAUCCAGAAUUCGAAGAGACGUUCAAUUUUAAAAUGACUGCUGACAAUUUAGCAACACAUGCCAUAAGAGUUAGGUUGUAUGGUUGUGAGAGGAUGAGGAGAGAACGAAUGAUUGGUGAAAGUGCAAUUGGUUUAGGUCAUCUCAAGGAAGUUAAAAAUAACUCGAAGACACAAACGAUAACACUGGAACCAAGAAUGAAUAUAAACACUGAAGACGGCUAUGAUGUCGGUUCAUUGUCAUUAAGCGAUAGUGCAUCCUCAACUCAAUCGCUUCAACAUGGUGGAAUGCCUGAACUUCUUUUAGGAUUAGCUUAUAAUGAAACGACUGGCAGAUUGAGUGUUGAAGCCGUUAAAGGAUCAAAUUUUAGAAAUCUUGCAAGCCAUCGACCUCCAGAUACUUAUGUUAAAUUUUCCCUGAUGUCGCCUACGGGCCGAGAAAUGUCACGCUCCAAAACUACUGUUAGACGAGGCCAACCGAAUCCUUUAUUCAAAGAAACUUUCAUGUUCCAAGUUCCACUUUUUCAACUUCAGGAAGUAACGUUAAUGGUUUCCGUGUAUAAUAAAAGGACAAUGAAAAGGAAGGACAUGAUCGGCUGGUUUAGUUUAGGUUUAAACAAUUUAGGGGAAGAAGAACUUUCCCACUGGAAUGAUAUGGGAGAGUCAAAAGGAGAACAAGUUUGCAGAUGGCACGUACUAUCUCAAACCUAA